AUGUCCACAAAGCCUAAUAAAAAGCUAAUAGACAUCCCCACGGAAAUCCAUUUCCUAAUCACCUUACAUCUAUCACUCAACGACCUCUUCUCCCUCCUCCUAACCUGCAAAACCCUAUCUUCAGUCGCCCACCAACAAUUAUACUCAGAACUACACUUCGGCGUUAGCCGUAAUGUGUUCGAAAAUAGAGGGAUGAUGCUCCCGCGGCCCCUGGGGGUUGGUGAUGAUUUUCAUAUCAGGAUUAAUCCCGAGAAGACUUCGAGGCUGUUGGCGACUAUUAACAACGGGAAGGAGAAAGGGAUUGACGUAAUGGAUAGCUUGCGAUAUACUAGGAGUUUGGUUAUUCAUGAGUUUUUGUUCCAUUUUAGUCUCAAUGGGAGGUAUCGAUAUCAUGCGAAAUUUAAGGAGAUUUCUUUGACUUUUGGGAGGAUGGUUGAGAAUAGGGAGCUUCCUGGACUCAGGAGGGUGUUUUUGAAUCUUCAGGAUGUUGUCUCUCAAGAUAUCGAAAAGAUUCGAGAGGCCCUAGAAAAACGAUUUGAAUCCGAUCCAGACACCUCAGUUUCCGUGGCUCUCAAACUUACAGCCAGUGCUCUAAAUAGAGAAUUCCGUCCGGAGUAUUCUCUACUGUCACGUAUCAACCCAGGGAUCCUCACUCAUUUAGACGUCCAAUUCAGCAUUCGAAACGUCUGGGUAGACGGCCUAGAAAGGGAAGCAGAAAAGCUAGGAUUAACCACCGAAACCGGGAACGCAAAACCCGAGAUAGAGCAUUUGAUAAAAACACUAUCCAGAGCGCCACGGCUCAAGGUUCUAAGACUUGAAAGUCUAUUACGAAAUUCGGCUAGUAACCCACAAUACGAGAUUUUUGAUAUUGAAAUUAUAAGAGAAGAGUUAGAACGACUUCAAACAACAAUCUUGGGGUUGGAAAAAUUAGAAACAUUGGUUACUUGUGGUGUUAUAUUCCAUCAUUCGUGGUUUAUUAUACCUCCACCGAGUGUUAGGAUAUUAAGCUUCACGGGACCGUUUUCGGAUGCUUGGUAUAAGGAAUUUGCGAAGCAACCAUUAAUUGGGGUGGAGGAUUUGACGAUUGAGUAUUUUGAUGAUAGAUGCGGGGAUUGGGAGAGUAGUGAUGGGUGGGGGUUGGACUUGGAGGAGGUGGCGGUGGAGGGGUUGAAGAGUUUUAGGUUUGGAGGGUAUGAUGGACCGGAAGGGUGGGUUGAUGGAUUGAUUGAGAAGAAUAAGGGAUUGAAGGUGGUGAGGGGGGAUAUCGGUGUGGGGAGGAUGCAUGCGGCGGGGUGGAGGUUUUAUUGCACUGGAGGGGGGGAUGAAUAUUGGCUGAGGAGUAAUUCUAAUAAGUUAUAA